AUGAGUCCGGCAGUGGAGAACGGUGGACCCGCUGCAAGCCAGGCUGAGGUGAAUGGGAAACACAAGCCAACUGAGAACGGGUCGCCUUCAGGGGCAGAAAAAGGCACAGAGAUACAUGAUGCGCACAGAUUGGCAUCGGGGUCACCGGAGCAGGGUCUGGGGAUUCUAGUUGAGCACUCGCAGGAUGACACGAAUGGGAAUGGCCGCAUGUCUGUCGUGGAUGUGUUUGAAGGUCCGAAAAUUAAAGCCGUUCUCGCAGAGCUCGCCGAAGACGCGUCCCAGCGUCCGGCCGACGACAAAAUAUUGAAACUGUCGCCGGAGAAGAUACAAGAGCUCACAUCGUCACCGGAGUCGAUCCCGUAUCGUGCUGAGCUACCGGAUGCAAGCAGCGGCAGGAGGAUAAUGUCGGAUAAUCUUCGUUCGUUGCAGGGUCUAGGUGACCGGUCAUCGGUGACCCCAGAUGUGGCUCUGCAACCUUUUAGCGAACCUCCUUCCUCUCCGAAUGGCCUUCCAAAGAUUCGAAGGCCUAGCAAAGAUCCAAGUUCUGACGAGUUGCACGACUCAAUUAAUCUACGGCAAUUGAACAAUGGUACCAUCCGGAGUCGACCACAACCGUCGCGAACCUUUUCUACUCCCGUGUCUCGGCGCCCAACGCUUUCUACACCCAAUAAUGACCGACUUUCACAGACAUGGGCAUCACGUUCGAAGCAAGAUCGGGAGCUAAAAACCCAGCUCGCUGCGUCGCCUCACAUUACUGAAACACCCUUGACCUCUCCAAUUCCAUCAGUUCCUCUGCCGCCCGCCUCUAUACCAACUUAUCUUCAACUUGAGCUGGCCUCUGGUCGUCCAUCGCCGCUUUAUAUCCAUGGAAAUGAGAAUGAAUUCCCUUAUGAAUCGUCAAGCGCGAAAAUAGAACGACUGAUGAACUUCCUGUUCCUUCCACCGGUGCUAGAGCAAGCUAUCGGCUUUGGAAGUUUAGCAUGCCUGGACGCAUGGCUUUACUCAUUCACAAUUUUACCUCUGCGUUUUAUCAAAGCCUUGUAUAUUCUAUGUGAAUCCUGGGUGCUUAAUCUAGCCGCGGAGGCUCGUUUUCUAUGGAAAUUUGUCAUCAACGGGGCUGGCCGGGUAUGGCGAAGGAGGAAAUACCUUCCAGAUAGACUCCGUGACAGACGGGAAAGCGAACCAGAUGCCACUCGCUUGCCUAAUGGCAUGACCACACAAGAGCCACGACACCAAGAUCCAUCAAAGAAAAGACACCGGACCUCUGAAUCUCGCAGGCAUCACCGAAGAAAGAAGUCCAUACCUUCGGCUCUACUUCCUGAUGACAAAGCCGAUAUUCUCACUGGCCUGCUUAUGAUCACGACCUGCCUCGCAUUGAUGUACUUUGAUGCUAGUCGGAUGUAUCACUGGAUUCGUGGACAAGCAGCAAUCAAAUUAUAUGUCAUCUACAAUGUUCUAGAAGUGCUCGACAAACUUCUAGCUGCACUUGGACAAGAUGUCCUCGAGUGCUUAUUCUCAAGGGAAGCCCUUGAGCGCCGGCCCAAUGGGCGAAGCAAAAUCUUCCGUCCGUUCUGGCUCUUUCUAUUAGCGUUGGUCUACACAGUUGCGCAUUCGAUAUCCCUCUUCUACCAAGUGAUGACCCUUAAUGUCGCUGUGAACUCCUACUCAAACGCCCUCAUUACGCUACUGUUGUCUAACCAAUUUGUGGAGAUAAAGUCGACUGUCUUUCGCAAAUUCGAGAAAGAAAAUCUGUUCCAAUUGACUUGCUCUGAUGUCGUCGAGCGAUUCCAGCUUUGGUUGAUGCUUACUAUCAUCGCAUCGCGUAACAUUGUGGAAACUGGCGCGUUCAAUUUCAUUGGCCUCGGUUUAGCUCCCAGCUUCUCCGGAAAAUCCACGAGCACCAACAGCACGCCAUUGUCCACGCCCCCUCGCACUUCAUCAUCGAUUCUACCCCAGUCGUUCACGUUCUUCCCAUCAUCUAUCCUAUCCCUUAGCCAUAUGAACUCUUUCAUUCCGACUUUGGCGCAGGUCCUGGGACCGUUCCUCAUUGUCUUGGGAUCAGAGAUGUUUGUUGACUGGCUGAAACACGCCUACAUCAGCAAGUUCAACAACUACCGCCCUGCACUGUACAAUAAAUUUCUCGAUGUGCUCGCAAAGGACUACUACACGAACGCCUUUGCAGGCGGCGACCACAAUAUUACUCGCCGUCUGGGGCUGCCUGUCAUCCCUCUAUCUUGCAUUUUCUUCCGCGUGUCCGUGCAGACAUACCAGAUGUUCUUGGCCUCCUUGCUUCCCCAAUAUCCAUCAUCCACCGCAGUGACUUCAAGUUUAUCCACCAUCCAGAAUCGCCAUAUACCCCCGCCCCUCCCAUCCGCCCCACCAUUGAGCUUCGCAACGAUCCUGCCAAAUGUCAACAUCCUGUUCCGCAAGGUCUUGGAGAACGCAAUUCCUUCUCCCGCCCAAUCUGUUCAGAUAUUCACAGUGGUCCUACUCCUGACAGCAUUUAUCGUGCUCUUGAUUCUCAAGCUCAUCUUGGGAAUGGGCUUGCUCGCUUUCGCACGCUCUCGUUAUAGGAAAAUGAAGAGGGUAGAAUCCGAGCAACGCAAAACAUCUCGCGGCUCUGCACACCCGCAAUCCCAGCAGGAUAGUUCCAGCGAUGCCAUCACCGCACUCCGCAAAGAUGAAUUCACCGUCGAGGGAGGCCGCCGAUCUGGGCUUUGGGGGAUGGUCGAGGUUGGCGAUGAGAAACGAAAACUGAUUUAUGGCGAUGAUCCUGAGGGACUUCGCCGGGUGAAGGAAAAAGAAGAUCAGGAUAAGAACAAGGAUAAGGAGUUGAAGAUCGACCAUGUUCAGAGAUAUGAGAUGGUUGCUAAGAAGAUCUGGUGA